AUGUUGUUCUGGUCCCUGCCUGACUGGAGAGUACUGCUGCUGAUUGCUCUGCUGUGGGACCGCCUCUGUGCUUCAGAACUCAAACCCACGAGAUGGCCACUGUAUUCACAAAAGCCUCUGGUCCUGGCUUGGAAUGCCCCAACUGAGGACUGUGGCCCGCGGCACCGCGUUCGCUUUCAGCUGGACCUCUUCCAGAUUGUGGCCUCACCCAAUGAGGGCUUUGUUAGGCAGAAUCUCACCAUCUUCUACAAGGACCGCUUGGGCCUGUACCCUUAUUUUGAGCCGGAUGAAACGCCGGUGAACGGGGGGCUGCCUCAGGUAGCCAGUCUGACAGAGCACCUUGAGAAGAUGCCGGAUGGGGUAAAGAAGUACAUACGAGAAGCAGACGCCAAAGGUCUGGCAAUUAUUGACUGGGAGGAGUGGCGCCCACUCUGGAUAAGGAACUGGGAAAGCAAAGAUGUUUAUCGCAGACAUUCUCGUGAGUUGGUGCGUCAGAAGAACCGAACAUGGCCUCCAGACCAGGUGGCAAGAAUGGCCCAGUAUGAGUUUGAGAUGUCUGCCAUGAAUUUCAUGCUGGAGACGCUGAAGCGCGCCAAGAGCCUGAGACCCAACCAGCUGUGGGGUUUUUACCUGUUCCCCGACUGCUACAACCAUGACUACAGGCGCACCCUGGAGAGCUACACUGGCCGCUGUCCAGAUGUGGAAGUGGCUCGCAAUGAGAAGCUGAAGUGGUUGUGGGCUGAGAGCACAGCCCUCUUCCCUUCCAUCUACAUGAGCACCGUGCUGCGCUCCUCCACCUCCGGUCGCCAGUUUGUCCGGAACCGAGUAAAGGAGGGGAUGCGUUUGGCAUCAUCGGUCGACGGUCUGGCACGCCCGGUCUUUGUGUACACCCGCCCCACCUACGCCAACUCCCUGGAACAGCUGACUGAGGUGACACUCUAACUUUAGUAACACUGCCUGUCUGAAAGCUGAUAUAUCUCCCUUUUUUUGCCAUUCAGACUCAGUUUAACUCUUCUACAGUAUCAGGCAACACUUUGAAAGCAGAGGUUGUUGCUUUUUUGUUCCAAGAUUAACUCUCAGUCACUGUAUCUCUUACAUUCAGCACUUUGUCUCUGAUCAGCACACGCUGAAAGGAGCGAUCGCUCUCAGCUUUCCCUUAUCGCAGCCACAUUCCUUUCCUGUUCUGGUACCACACUGACUCCCCCGUACACCUCUCAUUUGUGCAGGGUGGGCAGGAUGGGUGUUGGUGAAGUUGAAAAUCUCACUUACAGCGUAUAGACCAUUUCCUUCCCCGAGUAUAAACAGACAAGAGCUGCUGCUAGACUUCAGUUACAGUAGCCUAACAUUUGCUCCUCGUUCAGUGAUCUUUAACAGUUUAUUUUUCCUGGGCUUGACCUGUUGUCUUAAAAAUACACAAGGUUAAAUGUGAUAUGGCUAAAGGGCUGUUUCAUCUCUUUUACAGACUGACCUCAUCUCCACUAUCGGGGAGAGCGUGGCUUUGGGAGCAGCUGGGAUCAUCCUGUGGGGAGAUGCGGUGUAUGCAAGCAGCAAUGUGAGAAUCCUCUCACGCUAAUCAUUAAAUCACUUCGACACACCUUCGAAAUCUGACAUGAUCGCGUGGUCAGUUUGGACCUGCUGCUCUUGUCAGUCAUGUGUGCAGUCAUUUGAUCUCUAAAGUCCCUCCUCGGGGCUGUUUGUGGCUCUUUUGAUCAUCUUCAGAAAACACACACAGUGUUUGUUUGGUGAGCUUUAUUUUUAGCCACAAUAAAGCCGUGAAGUUCUCGGAUAACAUCACCUAGCUUCUUAAAUCGUAUGAUGACUCAGUUUCCGCCAAGUGAUUUUUUAAAAAGUGUUGGGGGUGUGUCCAUAAAAUGCCUUUUUGCACCGGCCUCCCCCACAACCUCAAUUUACACCAGCCCUUAAUGUUGCUAGGUUACAAAAAGCUGUAAGCACUUCCACUCCUCUUGGUUGUGACUGUUACAUGCUUCAUAUCAGCUGUCAUUUUACAGAGUAAGCAUAAAAGCAGAGUAUAGAAGUUGUGUUGCAGCAUAAGCAGCAGCUCUGGAUCUAAAUGGUGUGAUUAGUUCUUUACUCCACUGACCUCGAUAAGUUAAUAUCAUAUUUCCCGCCUUGUCUUCUGUUAAUCAGAAGUGACGUUGACGAGCAUGUGUCCCAAAACCUGUGAGCGCUGUAAGCAAACAUAUAAAACAAAAACAGAGUGUUUCUGCACUGAGGACCCAGACCUGAAAACACUGAACUCUAUUGGUUUUCAACAGGAAACAGACAUUCAACAGGCACAAAAGAUUAGCAUCGAUAGACUCAGCCCUUCAAUGUUGACGUCAUUCAAAUUCAAGGAAAGUGGGGAAGACCAUACUUUGGUUAAUUUGCAUUUCCCCUGUCAUCAGUAAAUGACCAACCACACAUUUGCAUUUGUAAAGGUGUAAACUCUUUGUGCUGCAACAGUGUUCACAAACACUUGCCACUGUCUGCAGCUGCAUUUCAACUUAGUCAUUUUAACAUUACAAUGAGUCCUUAUCUUUCUACACAAAUUUAUUGAUCCUUUAUCCUGUGAUUUUAGUGUUUAUCUUAUCUGUAAGUACAUUUAAAACAAUAAAUGUCAUCCUAAGAUUGAAAUUUAUGACCAAAUCUUUUCAAAGGAGGAAGGAAUGAGAGGAAUUGGCAACAUCAGGGAGUCAGACUCGAGAUUUUAACACUUCCCCGCUUAUCCGUCCUGUCAGAGAAGUGAUGGCUCUCCAAGAGAGCGAGCUCCUGUGAUGCAUAAUAACCACAAUCCUUUAUUUGUUAAGAUUUACAAUCAAACCGCUCAAUUCAUGCUGUGCCACUUAUUAGACAACAAAAAAGCAUAUCUAACUAGCCUGUACGCUCUAUUCAACUGCAGAAAAUGUGGUGGUGUAAGAUAGCGGCCUUUGUAAAGGGAACCCACAUUGAUGUAAAUGUAAAAGGCUCAUUCAAAGUUUACAAAAACAAAACUUUGCUUAUCUUCAGGUGAUUACACAAAAUUAAACAUACUUACCUUAGCGCUGGGACAAUAUGCUUUUCUCCCGAUUCGAUUCUUCUUCUUUUUAGUCUGCAUUUUUCACACCAGUGAAACAGCUGAAUGAUUAUGGAACCACAUUUCCCCCCAAAAUAUGCAUCACAUGUAAGUCAGUUUUUAGGAUUUAAGGUCCUUUCACACCAGGACCGUUUUUGUCGUGCGAUUAUUUCGGAUGUCAAAUUUUUUUUUCGAACCCGUAUCCUGUCAAUAUAAGUGUUUACAUCAGCAACGUUUUCCCAUCCUGCGAUAUUGCAGCAAAUAUUUUUUUGGCUCAUGGUCGAUUUUUCUAAAGUUUCGCAUACUGUGUGUCCACUUCUGACCAAUCAGAUUGCGUGUUGUUGCGAUGUCAGAUUCACCGGUAUAUCCAACAUGGCCGACCGGCUGAUUGUUUAUGUGUCGGAGAACAGAGUGCUUUUUGAUAAAAGACACAAACAUAACAAAGAUAACGAACAUGGCAUUGGAUCUCUCAUUCGACGAUGGUUUGUGUGCUUUAACAGUUUGCUAAACGUCUUUGUCUUAACUUUCAUCUGUGCUAACGUAAGCUAACGGUUGUUACCAUAGUUUCAUGUGCUUAUCUUAUCGCCUCUGAUUUGCUGUAAGUGCGGACCGUUUGGCUUGAGCGUGUGAUGACGUUUCCAGCUUUUCUAGCCAAUCAGAGGCGAAGGAGGCGGGACUUUUCCCAGCAAAAGUCUUCCCCGGGAUGCGUCUUUUUCCCCCCAGAAAGUCGCGAAAUUGCAUCAGGCUUGAUGUGUUUAGUGAGGCGCGUCAAAAUUUGCCUCUGAAUAUUUAGUAAUUUCUCGUUCUAUAUUUGCGUCGGCCCCGGUGUGUAAGGACCUUUAUUCUUAAAUCUGAAAAAAAAAAAAAAAAAAGUGAAUCGAUUUAAAAAUUGUAAAACAAAAAAAUCGCGAUACUUCUGUGAAUUGAUUUUUUCUCCCACCCCUACCGACAACAGUUUAUACAACUACAGUAGAGUACACCCUAAACCUGAAAAUGCUCUUGUGAUCUCACUGUGAUCGUCUCUUUUUUAAUUCUGUGUCUUAAGCGGAUCUUGACCUUCAGGUGAGUGAUGACUGUGUGAUUUAAUCCCCUCUAUAGAUCAGCUGCUCUGACCUGGACGUGUAUCUGCGGGGUCCGCUGGGUAAAUACCUCCUCAACGUCUCCACGGCAGCAGAGCUAUGCAGUCAGACCUUGUGUGCUUCUCAUGGCCGCUGUCUGCGCAAAAACCCAGACAGUGAUGUUUACUUGCAUCUGGACCCCCUCACCCACAGCAUUAGCAGCCGGGACGGCCGGCACAAGGUCAGCGGUGCGCUCGGUGAGGCAGAGGAGAAGAGUUUCCGCACAGAGUUUCAGUGUCAGUGCUACAGCGGCUACGAGGGAGAGGGCUGCAAUCAGAUAGACCCUAUGCACCAAAAAGGGGCUGCACCUCCAAUCACCUCAACAUCUCUGCAAUGUGUGAUCUUACUGAUUAUCUCCUUGCUCUUCUGUUGACCACCAUAAAUGCUGUAGCCAUGGGGCUGCAUUCUUACGUGUCUACAUGUAGGAGUGCACCACCUGAUAAGGCGGGAAUUUGUUGUAUUUUUCUUGUAAUUGCUUUAAACUCAUGACAAAGUGAAACUUUAUAGGAAACACUGUGGAAAUUACAAAGUUAUGUUUGUUUAUAACUUUUAAAUCUCUUUUUAAACAAUGGUGGACUCGCUGGAAAUGACCUUGUUUACGUUCUGCUGCCAGUUUCCUCUCAGUCGCUGUUUCCCAAGGUGUCAUAUUCCAUGAUUCUCAGAGGGGGGAAAGGUUUAUUUUAGUGGGAAUAAGGUGAUACAUGAGUGGGUGUUUGUCAGCAGCUGCAUGGUGAAAGAGGAAAUGAUGCACUUAAAUCUGGUGAUUGCACAUUAUAUCUAAAGUGCCUGAUCUUUUUCAAACAUGACCUCUCUCCAACAUCUGAUGUUUUUACAGAGGCAUUGACAGUGUUACUAUUUAUUUGAAUGUAUUUCUAGGUGUUUUAUAUGACAUUUCCCUAUUUUUAUGUCAAAAAAUGACUACUAGUUCUCUCUUAAGACACUGCGUUACUUAACAUUUGCUAGACACACAUUUUCUGUAUAUGAGGAGAUAUAGAAGCACAAACAAUGUGCAAUGUCCACACUUUCACUUACAUGGAGGCCUCUCUUUCUAAUGCUGUUUUCUGAAAUGAAAUAAAGUCAAAUAAAUAAUCUUAUUCAUGAGGUUCUUUUUGUGUAUUUGAAUAAAACGUUUAAAAAUGCCAAAAUAAACUGACUCUUAUGUUUACAGGUGAGGAUUUGCUGUUUAUAGUAGAUAAAGUGAAGUUUCCACAGGAAAAACACGUCAACACUGGCCACUAAGGGGAGUUCAAACCAGUCAGUCCUCGGGGAAGGUUCACAUUUGACAGACCUCAUACCCCCUCCCCUCAUAAUUGUAGGGUACCGUUAAGCCAAACGUUAUUUUUACCACUUUCAAGAGUUUAGCAAAGCGUACAAUUAAAUUUGGAGCAGGAAGAGCUCAUUAUGGCCGCCUUUACGGCCAUUUAAGGCAAAGACUAUAAUUCCCUCUAGAUCUUUUUAGUCAAACAUUGAAUCAACCUUGAUUUUAAUCCUAUUUUUACUCUUUAAUUGAGAAACCCUAACAUUGUCACAGGCAGGCUAUUGGGAUGUGCCUGUACCUUUAAAUCCUGCUUCCAUGGAGGAUCUGUUUGCGUCCUUUUGAUUGGUUGUUUCUCUGCGCGUAUCUGAUUGGCUAACAGAAAUCACAGUGCAGACACUUGUGUGUUUGUUCCUCCUUCCCCUUUUCCGUGCCUGUGUGAUUAAUGAAGAUCAUGAGACUGCGGCUGAGUGUCCGUGCUGUACACAAAGUCCAAACCACAGUCCUUUUUUCUAGCUGUUAAGAUAAGAUAGGUGAGUUACUCCUACAGACUUUCAUUGACUGUGAUGGUUUGAUUUUUACUCUUCAUUUCACCGCCGAAGUUCAGUGCCUUUUGCGGCAGAGCAGUUUGUUUACCUUGAAAUUCAGCCAGGAUGAAAUGACGAAGAAAAGAACAUGUUUGAUGAAAAGCUGAAUUUCUUGUUUAGAUGUUCAGAUGACAGUUUUCCUCAGUCGCUUUGGUGCAUUUCUGAGAUCAGAAUGAAAGUUUCAUAACUAUUAGUUCAACCUCCACAACAUUUAGUCAUUUGUGUUCAUUAUCUUAGCAGUUUCUCAUUCCUCUGAACGAAUUGCAAAUGCUACUGUGCAUGUAUCAGUUACUUUCAUACAAUUCUCUGCUGUUUUAUAACAUUAUCAUUUGCUUCUGUCGUGUCAGUCAAAAUGAAACAUACUUAUAAAUGCUUUGUUCACUUUGAAAAUCAGCCAGGAUGAAAUGACGAAGAAAAGAACAUGUUUGGUGAAAAGCUGAAUUUCUUGUUUUUAUUUGUUUGAAUGUUCAGAUGACAGUUUUUCUCAGUCGCUUUGGUGAAUUUCUCAGAUCAGACUGAAAGUUCUCGUAACUACAUUGAGUCAUUUGUUCUCAUAAUUGAAGCAGUUCCUCAUUCCUCUGAACAAAUUGCAGCUGCUCUUGGACAUGUAUCAUUUAUUCUCAUACAAUUCUCUAUAACAUUAACAUUUGUUUAUGUCAUGUCAGUCAAAAUGAAACAUACUUAUGAAUGCUGAAUCGUCUUUCCCUAUAAACUAUACAAAGUUUACUAUAUUUUCAAAUUUCAAAACCUCAUAAGACAUUACAGAUUUGUGGUAGCCUACCCCCUCCAAGUUUCGGAGCACAGGUCGGUGAUGUUAAGACUGAUCUCCUCUGUUUUGUCUGUUGUUUCUUCACAGGUAUGGGUUUCUUUAACUCAGAGUUCCUGCUCUUCAUAAACCUGCUCAGCCUGGUGUCAGGGCUGCCGAUCUCAUCGUCCCCUUUCUCCCAGAUGCCUUUCCUCUCAGUGUGGAACGCACCCACUGAAAGCUGCCUCUCUCAAUAUGGCAUCAACCUGGACUUGGACACUUUCAGCAUCACCAUGAAUAAUAACCAAACCUUCAUGGGGGAUAACAUAACCAUCUUUUAUAGUGGAAAGCUUGGUCUGUAUCCCUGGUAUACUGCUCAAUCAAAGGCCAUCAACGGCGGGGUGCCACAAAACGCAAAUCUAGAUGAACACCUGAGAGUUGCCUCUGAUAAUAUCCGCACCUUCAUCCCUGACAGGGAUUUCCAAGGCCUGGCUGUGGUGGACUGGGAGAACUGGAGGCCUGUAUGGGAGAGGAACUGGGACAGUAAGCAGGUGUACUGGGAGGCGUCCAGAGUACUAGUGAAGUCUAGGCAUCCAGACUGGAGCCCUGCACAGGUCGAGGCUGCAGCUCGGAUAGAGUUUGAGAAAGCUGGGAGGAAGUUCAUGGAGGAAACUCUGAAACUGGGGAAGGAGGAGAGACCAGGCGGGCUGUGGGGUUUCUAUGGUUUCCCAAACUGCUACAACCUCUACAACCCCAAAAUCAAAAACUACACCGGGGAGUGUCCAGCUGUGGACAAAAAGUGGAAUGACGAGCUGGUGUGGCUGUGGAACGUCUCCUCUGCUCUGUAUCCUGAUAUCUACCUGAGCCUGGAGCUGAGAGGGCUCAGCAGAGAGGUGCUGCUCUACACCCACCACCGUAUCCUGGAGGCCAUGAGAGCAGGAGCUCAGUCUGCUCCAGUAGUACCUCCUGUGUUCCCCUAUGCUCGUAUUGUCUACACAUACACCCUAGAUUUCCUCUCCCAGGUAUAGCAGAUGGUUAAAUACCACACACUCAUUAUUGAUUGUCAGGAUUUGCUCUGAAUGUCUUGCCUCCCUUUAUUUUCCUCCUGCAGGAGCACCUGGUCUACACCAUUGGAGAGAGCGCUGCUUUAGGAUCUGCCGGGGUGGUGCUUUGGGGGGAUCUUAACUUUGCCAAGUCUAAGGUGGGAAAACAUGCCACCUUCUGUGUGCAGAGUACAGUAAUACUCUCUGAUCAUGUUCAUUCUGCUCAAUUCAGUCAGAUAUCAUCCAUCAUCCUCCAAAAACAGCAAGAAACUUUGAUAUACACACAGAUUUUUGGGAUUUAUUAAAAGAUAACCUUUAAAGGGAUAUUCCGGCAUAAAAUUAAUUUAGGGUCAAACACACCGCAACACCAAGUUAGACACCCCCUCCAGAGAUGACCAACUUUAGUAGUGACCGCAGAUAGCAAUACAGAGAGCCGCAUGCUCAACAAAAAAGCCACUUUAUAGCCACAAAUAAUGCUCAGAACAGCACCUAACUUCAUCAACAGUACAAACAUCUUUUUAGCUUUGCCUAAUUUCUUUAGCGAAGAGACUAAACACAACUUACCUACUCUUUUCCAGCAGCCGCAUGUUUGUAGUGAGACUUCGGGCCAGUCCAUUACGGACUACAGCGGGGUGACGCAGCUCAAGGAAGAACAUUUAUGAUCAUUACUUUAUCAUUUCCUUGAAGUAAUAAUCAUCAUAUUAAUCAUUUUGCACUGCAGACGCUGCAGUUCUUCUGUCUUAGCAUCUCAGUCUCAUUGCAUUUCCAUGAAGAUAUGAUCACAAUGAGCUGCGUCACCCCGCUGUAGUCUGUCAUGGACUAGCCUGAGGUCUUACUACAAACAAGCAGCUGCUGGAAGAGAGAGGGUGAGUUGUGUUUAGUCUCUUUGCUAAAGAAAUUAGGCAAAGCUAAAAGAUGUAUGUACUGUUGAUGAAGUUAGGUGCUGUUCUGAGCAUUAUUUGUGGCUAUAGACCGGCUUUUUGGUUGAGGUUUGUUUAUGACUCCUCAGACCGCUGUGUAUUGCUAUCGUGUGGUCGUUACUAAUGUUGGUAUAACUAGAGAAGCAAGCGGUCAGCAACAUUCAUCUCUCGAGGGGGUGUCUAACUCGGUGUUACAGUGUGUUUGACCCUAACUUAAUUUUAUGCCGGAAUAUCCCUUUAAUUGUCCCCUGUUCUAGCAUAUCGAUAAAAGAAUUAUACAUUUAUAUCUUAUUUAUCUGAAAAUCUAAAUCCUAUCAUUAUGAGUAACCAUGUUUGACUGCCUUUAAAACAGACCAACACUUAGAAAACACUCUUUUGAGUUUCGUGCCAAUGCUGGGUUACAUCAGACUUCUAUUUGUAUGUCAUGAGAGUAUGUCUCAUAUGAUGGCACUGGUGUUGCCUUAUCGCCAUGCUGAUACACAAGUCACAUGAUUAACAGGAAAUAAGAAAACAGGAAACAAGCAAAGACAUCACCCUGACGUGGGAAAGAGAACUGUAAAUGUAGCUCUAAAAAAGAGUACCAAAGAAGAGCUGUGAGGCAUGUCGUCAGUGUGAGCUACAGCCUGCAGUGGUGUUCUCACUGCAACGUGUGAAUUUUUAAAGUUAGCGUUUUAAAGAAGUGAACUGCAACUUUGCACUUACUCUGUUUUUUUUAUGCACCAAUACAGACACAUCUUAGAAGAUAAGAUCAUGAAAAUAUGGAAAGUGAAAACUCAUUAUUUCCUCUAAUCAUUACACAAGUUUAAGUAAAUUACUAUUCACGGUGCAGCUCUCAAUGUAGGUCAGAACACAGUCAUAGGGAAGACUGAAAAGAAUCAAUCAGAUGUUUGUAUUUGGUACAUCAUAGAUCUAUCAGAUCAUUUCUGCAGGUCAUAAAUUUACAUGUCAGUGAAUGGCUGUGAAUGGAGACAUGGGGUGGGAGCCUCCAAAUUUUAGACACAAAUGUGAAAUGCUUCAGCUUUGGAGCAGAAUUGCAAAUAUGUCUGAUCAGAGACUUACCAAGUUAUUAAUUUGGUAAUUUUUUAAAUUGUCAUCCAUGGACCAAUGAGUUGAAAUCUAUACUGUUUCAAUAAAAUGUCAUUUAUUUCAAAGUAAAGAGACAAAUGUCUCUGACGUACAAAUAAAAAUCUUGUGCAACCCCGAAAUAUGAACUUACAGCCUCAUAAAAACUAGUUAUGGUGUUUAAUUUUGUGUUAAGUAGAAUUUCACUUAAAGGUAAAGACACCCCUGUGCACAGUUACAAUCAGGAACUUCAGUUAGUUUUGCAGUCUGACAGUUUGUGAGUCAUGUAAGUUAGGUGAAAUGGAGAACAACAUUCAUUUUUUGUUUUGCUGUCCCAUGCAAAAAAGGGAUGUGUUUUUUAGUCUUCAAUUAAUGCUGGUUAUUUCUGGUUUUGAUUUUAUCUCUUUUUUUAUUGCAUGGUAUCUGCAAAGCCUGGGAGAAAAGGCAGGAUAAAAUUUUAAAGGCAGAGCGGUAAAGGAACAUGCAGCUUCGACUGUAAUGAGUCAGCCACCGAAGGUCAUUUGUGAAAAGGCUGGCUGUUCCCAGAGUGCAGUUAUCGAGGCAUAAUAACUAAAAGUUGACCUGGAGGAAAUAGUGUGAGAGGAAAAAGCGCACAAGCAACGGGGAUGACUGCAGCCUUGAGAGGAUUGUCAGGAAAAGUCUGUUCAAGAACUUAAGAGAGCUUCACAAGGAGCGGACAGACGCGAGUACUGUCAUUUUCUGAAGAUGAGCCAGACAGCCCAGAAGAGCCUUCCAUGGCUAAGAGGGAAAAAAAAACUAGACAGUUGAAUAGACAUCCAAAAUCUUCUUUAUAGAAAUGAAGUUUUGAAUUUCAUUUGAUAAUCAAGGUCUGCGCAGAUCUGGAGAAAAGGCGAAGGGCACAGAAUCUGAGGUGUUUAAAGUCUGGCGGAAAGUCUCCACAGUCUGUGAUGAUUGGUAGAGUCAUGAUAGUUGCUGCUGGAGUUGGUCCACUGUAUUAUAUCCAAUCAAAAAUCAAAGCAGCAGUCUUCAAGGAGAUUUUAGGGCAUUUUGUGCUUCUAUCUGCUUAAAAGUGUCAUUGGAGGUGCUGAUUUCCUAUUCCAGUAGGACUGAGCAUCUGCCCACGGUGCCAAAACUCCUACCAAAGGUUUUACCGCUGAUGAUAUUACUAUGCUUGAUUGAACCCUAAAGAGAAUCAUGAAGAUAUUUUUCACUUUUACUUUGUAUUUCAUGUCGUCCUUCCUCUCUCCCACUUUUAGGCCACAUGUCAAGCCGUCGAAUCCUACAUGGAUGAGACUCUGGGUCCAUAUUUGGUGAAUGUAACAUCUGCAGCCAUUCUCUGCAGUCGGACCUUGUGCUCUUCUCAAGGAAGAUGCCAAAGGAAGAAGAUGAGCUCAGGGGCCUACCUCCAUCUUAACCCUGCCAUGUGGAGGGUGGAGUCAGAGAAAAGUCCAGAAGGAGGGCGGAGCUACAGAGUUUUAGGUGAUAUGAGAGCGAACAUGGUGCAGUUCAUGAAGGCUGAUUUUCAGUGUGUGUGUUAUUAUGGCUGGGGUGGUGAGAGCUGCUCUAAACCAAUCCCAGUUUGA